AUGUUUGUUUCGCUGGCAGAACCUCAGGGUGCGUUCACUUUCAAGCCGAAGUUUACUUACCCUAUUUUUGGUGAAGCUGAGCAGAUCUUCGGUUAUAAGGAUCUACGAAUUGACUUAGCCUUUGAUUGUAAAUCAUUAAAGCCGUUUUUGAACUAUAAAUUUUCGGAUAAACUUUCAUCGGAAGCUAAAGAUAUUAACAAAGAGAUCUUGCCGUUUCUUCCUGACAAGGGAAAGGAUGCAGUGCUAAAGAACGAGCUGGAAUGGCUAGCUGCCAUCGAUAAGGAAGAUUUUCAGAUCCCAGGAGAAUGCGUCAGUGAAUAUUGUUUGCCAAUUGACACGAAAAACGUGUAUAGAAUCUACAAGUUUAGGCCUUUCAACGAUAUAAAUGGAUUAUGGUUACAUAGACGGAUGCAGAUCUUUGUGCUUCUGUUCAUUGAAGCAGGUUCCUAUAUUGAUGAGACAGAUCCGGUGUGGGAGGUGUAUUGUAUCUACAAGUGUCCUAAGGAUGGAUCGAAGGAGACUUUUGUUGGUUUCACCACUACGUAUGGUUAUUGGAAGUAUCCAGGACAUAAGUUAUACGAUGCUAGUGAUGAUAAGAUACAAAGGAGGUACAGGAAGAAAAUUUCGCAGUUCAUAGUACUUCCUCCUUUCCAAGGAAAGCAUCAUGGUCAGAAUCUAUAUAAGGCCGUUGUUGAUGAGUGGUUGAGGGAUCCAUCUGUAGAGGAAAUCACAGUGGAGGAUCCUAGCGAAGAAUUUGACGACCUUAGAGAUCGAUGCGACAUGGAAAGGUUAUUGUUUGAAAGAAGUUUUAUGAAAGAUUUGAAGAAAUUACCUAUAAGUAACGAAUGGAUGGGGGAGAAACGAAAACAAGAGAAAAUGGUGCCUAGGCAGUUCGAUAGAUGUGUAGAGAUGGGACUGGUGUACUUGAAGCAGCAGAAGCAGCAGAAGCAGCAGAUUGAGAAUUUCAGUGAGAAGGAGAUAAGAUUAUUUGUGAAAAAGAGAUUGUUUCAGAAGAACAGGGACGCGUUGGCAGAGUUGGAAAAGGCUGAUAUGAGAGAUAAAUUACAGACGGCGUAUCAGAGAAUAAGGGAUGAUUACGUAAGAAUAUUGAGUCGCGUACGCGAGGUCAAGAAGGAGAAUAAGAGGAGAGUGGAUGAAUAUGGUGAUGAUGGGUUGGCUACUAAGAAGAGAGUUAAGAUGGAGAACAAUUAA